UUAAAGUACUACAACUCCCAUGAGCAUCAGAGCGACUGGGCCAUCAUGGCCGCCUCCAGUAUAGCGGCCAGGGAGCUGCUUCAUAACAUCAAAUUAAUACCUUAUUAUCAAAAAUCUUCCUCUUUGUUUAGCAGACGGAUCAGCACGUCUAAGCUUCAAUGCAGCAGUCAGCCUCCGGAGAAAAGCGCUCCGCAGCAGCUGGUUGGAGUGGUCGGCUUGGAAAUCCACGCGCAGAUUAGCUCCAACACCAAACUGUUCUCCGGCUCCUCGGUUCAGUUUUUAGCUCCUCCAAACUCCUCGGUUUCGUUCUUUGACGCGUCUUUGCCCGGAACUCUUCCUGUCCUCAACAGGCGAUGCGUUGAAGCAGCAGUGAUGACCGGACUGGCUCUCAACUGCACCAUAAACAAGAAGUCAGUCUUCGACAGGAAACACUACUUUUAUGCCGACCUUCCUGCUGGGUACCAGAUCACACAGCAGCGCCGCCCUGUGGCGGUGGACGGAGUGCUCACCUACAGCUUCCUGGGAGGGAGGAAGAGGAGCCAGGUGAUGAGGAAGAAUGUGCACAUCAAACAGAUUCAGCUGGAACAAGACAGCGGCAAGAGUCUGCACGAUGACGUCAACAGUCAGACCCUCAUCGACCUCAACAGAGCAGGUGUCGGUCUGAUGGAGCUGGUGAUGGAGCCCGACAUGAGCUGUGGAGAGGAGGCCGCUGCAGCUGUCAGAGAGCUGCAGCUCAUCCUGCAGGCGCUGGGUACCUGUCAGGGCAACAUGUCAGAGGGCCAGCUGAGGGUUGACGCCAACGUGUCGGUGCACCGGCCAGGCGAGCCGCUGGGCACCAGGACGGAGGUGAAGAACAUCAACAGCAUAAGAUACCUGGCCAGAGCUAUAGACUUCGAGGUCCAGAGACAGACGGCGGUGGUGCGGAGAGGAGGAGCCGUGCUAAACGAGACCCGGGCGUACGACUCCAAGUCAGGGGAAACUGUUGCUAUGCGGGACAAAGAAGGUCUUCAGGAUUACAGGUUCAUGCCGGAGCCCAACCUGCCCCCCCUGCUGGUGUUUGAGGAUGAGGCGUCGCUGCCUGCGGGCGUGGAGGCGGGGGAGGCGGUGCUGCUGCGGACCCUGAGGACAAGGCUUCCCGAGCUGCCCAGCGUCAGGAGAGACAGGCUGGUGCAGACGUACGGCCUGCUGCCAGAGCACAGCUUCACUCUGGUGAAUGAGGAUGGCUUGAUGGAGUACUUUGAGGCGGUGAUGAAGGGGACCAGCAGGGAUCCCAGGAAGGUGAUUGGCUGGGUGACCAAUGAGCUGCUGGGGCUCCUGAAGCAGCAGGACCUGAGCGUGAGCCGCAGCCCAGUCCUUCCUGCCGCCCUGGCUGAGCUGCUGGAGCUGCAGGAAGCAGGAUGCAUCUCCUCCUCUGCUGCCAAACAGGUGUUCCAGGCGAUGUGGAGGUCACCAGGCAAGGCAGCUCUGCAGAUCAUCCAGGAGCUUGACUUGGGGCUAGUUAGCGACACCGCCGACCUUCACCGAAUCUGCCAGAAGGUCGUAGACUCACAUCCAGACGAGGUUCGAGCCGUCAGGAGCGGAAACCAGAAAGUUCUGAAUAAGCUGAUGGGUCUGGUUCAGAAAGAGACCAAAGGCAGAGCCGACCCGGUUCUGGUCAGGGAAAUCCUCCAAGAGAAGACUUCAUGACAUCAUCGUUUUCGUCACUGACUCUGAGCCAAUCAGACGCUCUGAAUUCAGCCUGCAGUUAGACAAUAAAACCCACUUCCUGCUGGGUAAAAUGCUAAAGCUUCAUUGUACAGUAACACUAUUGUUUUUAUAAACAGGAUGUGAAUGUUAAUAAAUCAAUAACAUUUCUAUAUGUUAUUUUUCUAUCUGUGAUGUUUUUGAUUUAAGUAGAAACUAGUUUUUGUUCUCACAAAGUUCAGUCGGAUCAGAACCUUUUAUCUCAACUUCUAGUUUAGUGAGGCUUAAGAAGAAGGUUCACUCCAUGCUGCAGCAGCCUGAGCACUGAGCGCCCUCUUGUGGGUGGAGCACGUUAUGAUUGUCAAACACUUGCACAAAUCUUGUUAAAUAUUCAUUUUCUCUUGACAUGAAGCGCUCAGUGGUUCUGCGCAGCUCCUCUGGUUGAUUUAUAUUUAAUGUAAACAGAGUCCAUCAGCCGCUGAGGGCAGCUGGAGUCUGUCGGCUGCUUCUGAGACAAGACCACAGAAAUAAAAGGUGUGUGUUUCCUUCGCUGCAGAUUUCACAGGAUUUAGUUUUUAAUAAAUACACACUGUGGAAAGUA